GCGAAAACGCUUUUGCAACUUUCUUCAACCAUAUAUUGUAAUCUCCGAAACUUGCAAACAACAACAACAUGAAAAAUUGAGGAACCAGACCAAAGAAAACCCGAACCUGUGUUUUUGUGAGGGCUAAGGAAUCAUACUUUCCAAUGGAAAUUCAGUUCCAACAUCCAAAGCAUCAACACUUGAGACCAAAAGGGGUGAAACUCAAAGGCAGAAACAACAAAAGCAAGAACAAGUACGUUGGAGUGAGGCAAAGAGCAUCAGGAAAAUGGGUUGCAGAGAUCAAAGAAACAACACAGAAGAUAAGAAUGUGGCUUGGCACGUACGACACUGCAGAAGAAGCAGCUAGGGCUUACGAUGAAGCUGCAUGUCUCCUUCGUGGAUCCAACACUCGCACCAACUUCAUCACACGUGUGUCCUCUGAUUCCCCUCUUGCUUCACGGAUUCAGAACCUUCUCAACAACAGAAAAGGAAUCAAAGAACAAGAACAGCAUGGAACAAGGGUCAACACCGACCAACAACAUGAGUUGAGUCUAUCAGAAGAAGGGGUUUCUACCCUACAAGAUGAGGAACCAAAGUUCCAAUCUUUGCUGGAACAAGUGUCUAUAUUCAGUGUUCUCCAACAAGAUUGUUUUGUAAAGAAGACAUGUGUGAGAGAUCAGGAGAAAAAAAGGGUUAGCAGCACAACAAGUAGUGGUAGUAGUACUAACAUAAGCAAUAGUGAGACAAGUGAGAACUCACUUUCUACAACAACCCAGAACACACAAGUGUUUGAUGAUGAUUAUAGACCUGAUUUGAGCAAUUUCAUGGGGUCUGAGUCAGAUUCUCAGGAAAAUCCUUCAUGGGGUUGUGAACUUUUUUGUGAUCAUUUUCCCUUUGGCCAAGUAAACCUGCCUGAUAUAGGUGGCUUGGAGCUUCCAGAGUUUGAAAGGAUGAAGGUUGAAAGGCAAAUUUCAGCUUCACUUUAUGCAAUGAAUGGUGUGCAAGAGUACAUGAACACAGUUCAGGACUCUAAUAGCUGUGAAGCUAUCUGGAAUCUUCCUCCCUUGUGCUCGUUUUUAUGUUAAAAGUAUGAUCCUGCAAACUUUUCUUCCAAUAUAUGUAUGCAGAUUUUGUUUUCUUCUUUUAAACAGGAAAGAAAUAGGUUCUGAAGAUUGAAAAUUUCAUAGGAACUUGAGUCUUUAUUGACAUGAAGUUAUCAAGUUGAAACUACUUUAAACUUCAAACUAAAUACACUAAAUGUUGUUUAAAUGCUUUCCAAAUAUGAGGAAUCUUUUUCAGUCA